GAGCACACUGCUAUUCGCGCCAGCUACGAGCGCCGCAGGAGUUCUUCAGCAUGCGUGUCACGGCGCGGCGCGCCGGCGUCCUCGGGACGGUGGACUCCCGGCCUACCAACUCGCUGGCGGACGCGGCGCGCGCGCUCUGUGGCUCCUCCCACGACGAGGGCAUCGCUUCCGGGAACAGGCUGAUGGGCGCGCACCUGAGGGCCGGCAGGCCGGGCGCCGCUCGAGAGGUGUUCGACGGAAUGCCGCGGCGCGAUGUGGUGUCCUGGAACUCCCUCAUGGCCGCGCACGCGCGGGAGGGCGCGCACCAGGAGGCUGCAUACGCCUUCCUGGAGUUGAGGCGAUGCAGGCUCAGGCCGGACCACACCUCCUUCUCCACCGUGCUGUCGGCCGUCGCGUGGCUGGAGGCUCUGGAGCUGGGGCGAUGCGUCCACGGCCUCGCGCUCAAGGCCUGCUCCACGGGCAAUGUGUUCGUGGGCGCCUCACUCGUCACCAUGUAUGCCAGCUGUGGGGUUUUCGCCUGCCUGCAGCGGGUCUUUGACGGUGUCGACGCUCCAAAUGUGGCCUUGUGGAAUGCUCUUCUAUCAGGCCUCGUGAUGAACCAUCGGGUAGCAGACGCCCGCAUGGUUUUCGAUCAGAUGCCCGGUCGUAAUGUCGUGUCCUGGACGGCCAUGGUAAAAGGCUAUGUUACGGUGCACGAGGUGGACCUGGCAUUAGAGCUGUUUGACUUGAUGCCCAUGAAGAAUUCUGUGUCGUGGUGUGUCAUCAUAGGAGGGCUUGUCCACCAUCAGCAAUUCAGAGAGGCAAUUGAACUGUUCAAAGGUUUGAUGAGGAAUGGGGAUGAAGUCACAAAUGCGGUUCUAGUUAAGGUUGUGAAUGCUUAUGCUGGCCUGAAAAGUAUUGGAGGAGGCAGAUGCAUUCAUGGGUUUUCUGUGAAGUGUGGAUUUGUUCUUGACCUGAUUAUCGAGACAUCAUUAGUUGCGAUGUACUGUAACUCCUUGGACAUCGAUGAAGCACAAUUGGAGUUUGAUAAGUUGGACAGUAAGCAUGUCGGUUCAUGGAAUGCCAUCAUAUGUGGCUAUAUUUAUGCAGACAAGAUUGAUGAGGCUAGAGAACUUUUUGAUUCCAUGACUGAAAGAGAUAAGGUCUCGUGGAACUCGAUGAUUAAUGGCUAUAUCAGAUAUGGAAGAAUUACUGAUGCUACUGAGUUAUACUCAAGGAUGCCUGAGAAGAACGUGGAAGCAGCUACUGCUUUGAUGUCAUGGUUUGUAGACAACGGAAUGCUAGAUAAAGCACGGGAUAUGUUUUAUAGUAUGCCCCAAACAGAUGUAAUGUCUUGUACAUCUUUACUCUUUGGAUACAUGAAAGAAGGAUAUCUGGAUGAUGCACUGGACCUUUUUCAUAGGAUGCACAUGAGGACUGUUGUCACUUACAAUGUAAUGAUAGCUGGUUUUCUUCAUCAAGGAAAGGUUACUGAAGCUUACAGGCUCUUCAAUGAAUCACCUUCUCAUGAUUCAGUGACUUGGAGCUGUUUAAUUACCGGGCUCGCUCAAAAUGGUUUAACUGAUGAUGCACUUAGGAUGUACAAGAAAAUGCUAUUAACAUAUGUGCGCCCAAGCGAGUCAGUUGUUUCUAGCCUCUUAAGCUGUUUUGCACACCAUUCUAUGAUUGUUCAUGGUCAGCAGUUUCAUGCCACAACUAUCAAGCUUGGACUCGAGUUAUGUUUACUAAUUCAGAAUUCACUCAUUAGCCUAUAUUGCAAAUGUGGCAAAAUGGUUGCAGCCCAGAAUAUUUUUGAUCAGAUGGGUAAGAGAGAUGUGGUUACAUGGAAUACAAUAAUUCAUGGAUAUGCAUUCAGUAGCCUUGGUGAAAAUGCUAUUGAAAUGUUCGAGAAUAUGAAGAGGGCACAAGUUGAUCCUGAUGAUAUCACAUUUCUUGGUGUACUGUCUGCAUGUAGUCACAUGAGUCUUUUGGAGGAAGCAAAACAUUUCUUCAAUGCGAUGACACGUGAUCAUGGAAUUGUGCCUAAUAUAACGCACUAUGCUUGCAUGGUUGAUCUAUUUUGUAGGAGAGGCAUGGUUGAGGAGGCUGAAGGGUUAGUGAAGUCAAUGCCAUUUGAACCUGAUUCAGCAAUAUGGACCUCUCUCUUGAGCAGUUGCAGACUGAGUGGCAAUGAUAAGUUAGCAGAGCAUGCGGCAAGCCAAUUGAUCGCCAUAAAUCCUGGUACUAAAAUGCCUUAUCUGCACCUCAUCAGUGUACAUGGAUCAACAAAUAGAUGGGGUAUGAUUGAUAGUCUGCGAACUCAAAUUAGGAGAACUGCCACUCAGAAAGAAGUUGGUUAUAGCUGGAUUUAGUGUCCCAGCAUGAUUCACUGCUGUUGUAUUUUACCAACGGUAGGUCAGUCUGGUACCAAAACACUAUGCUGUAUACAGUGAGGCACAGCUGGUAUAUACGACAAUAUCCACGGUGCAGCCCGUGAUCAUUUAUAUGGACAUUUCCCACCAAACAGAACGUCUAAAAGUUCAGGGCAGACUCUUGGUGGAUGGGUUAACCUGGAAGCGUGAAACACAUCUGUCAGAGUUUCAGUGAUUGGUUUGUUGUUCCUCUUCCAGGAAUACGGCGCCAAAUUUUGCCAAAACAGAAACCUUUCAAUCAGCCUAAUAAGAGUUUGGUCAGCAGAGGAUGGAACGCGCGGCGCAGGCCAAAGACAUGAUCAGUUCCAUCCCUGUAUUUCGGAGGAGCGGUGACUGUGGGAUGUAACCGAGUCUGCAAAAAUACCCAGCCAAUCCGUGUGGCAUCCACUGAAUGGCCUCUGCCCUCCACACCGGCAAACACUGCUCAGCAGUAAGGAUCAUGAUGACUGUCCGGCUGAGCACAGGGAAUGCGACGGUCACCGUCGCACGCUACAUGGCAGGGCGCAGCUUUAAGGCUCAGGCGAAGCAGAGCUUCACCAGGGAAGUCCAUGCCGUGGCGCUCACCGGAGAAGAUCUUCGCCUGAUGGAUGACCCUGGACCUUUUUUUCUUUUCUUUGCGGGAAGCUGGCUCUCGACCUUCUGGUUCUCUUUUCUUAGUUGUUCUUUGUACUAGGCUGGGCAGGCCAAAGCCCAGUUUAUAUUUGCUCGGCCUAAAAAAAUGAAAUCCUCGGUGACGGCCUCUCCUUGUUUAA